AUGGAGGAUGUUGCAGUAACCAUAAUGCCUUGUAUUCCUUCCAAAGUACCACGGGGCGAUUAUCUGUUUAAACUGCUCCUGAUCGGAGACUCCGGCGUUGGAAAGUCGUGUCUUCUUCUUCGUUUUGCCGACGACACCUACACGGAGAGUUAUAUAAGUACCAUCGGCGUUGACUUCAAGAUCCGGACGAUCGAACUCGAUGGAAAAACGAUAAAGUUGCAAAUCUGGGAUACAGCGGGACAGGAGAGAUUUAGGACAAUAACUAGUUCGUAUUAUCGUGGUGCGCACGGCAUAAUUGUCGUCUAUGACUGCACGGAUCAAGAAACUUUCAAUAACGUCAAACAGUGGCUUGAAGAAAUUGAUCGUUAUGCAUGUGAUAAUGUCAAUAAGCUCUUGGUCGGAAACAAAUGCGACCUGCACACCAAAAAAGUUAUUGACUACACAACGGCAAAGGAAUACGCAGAGCAGCUUGGAAUUCCAUUUUUGGAGACAUCAGCGAAGAAUGCGAUGAACGUAGAGCAAGCUUUCAUGACAAUGGCAGCCGAGAUUAAACAGCGAGUGGGUCCACCCUCGAGCGCAGUCAGCGACACGGCAAGCAAGCUGAAACUCGAUCAAGGCCGUACUGUUGAAACUUCGGGCAUUCAGGGCUCGAAAUCUGGAUGCUGCUGAAACGCAAAUUCAUGAGUUUUUGAUGUUGAGACGCAACACUGCGGGGUUGCAGCUUUUUUGUAUGGAGAAUAUACGCACCAGAGGUGUGACAUUAAGACCGUUUUGAAAUGUCCGAUAUCCAAAAACCGAGGAACACAAGAAUCAUCAAGGACCAUCAGUUUACUAGCUGUAUACAUUUUUUUUGUCCUUUAAAAAACUUUUUGUAGCGGAGAAAGAGUAUAAUUAUUAUUCUAUCGCAGCUUGAUAUACUACCGUGGUUCGGUCGAUUUCUAUGCAAAAAGGCUGUCCAUAGACGAGCGUGCACUUAGGGACAGUUGUAGUUUAAUGAAUAAUUGAAAUUGUGUAUAAUUGUCAUGCGCGAUAUGGAAGCAUCAUCAUUUCUUAGAUUAGGGAGGAACCUCUAUAGUUAAGGCAUUUUAAUCUCAAUCGAUGUGAGGCUCACACAUGUACUUUUUCUCUGCCUUUGUUAUAUCCCGGAAGCGACCUUUUUAAUCGACUCAUGGGUGGCGAUUAUUAAAUAGAAGGUAUGGAAUUCCAUAGGCCCAAAUUUGGACAAAUUAGCGGGGUUUGUUUGUUGUUGUUGUUGUUGUUGUCAUAGAUGUUUCAGAAACGAAAACGAUCGUCAAAUUCGAGAUUUUUCUAUCGAUCGGAAAAUGACGAAUCGCCGCCUAUGAAUCGACUUACGGUAGCCUUAAGUUCGAGAAUUCCAUAAUGUCGGUAAGUUUUUUGGGCAACCCAGAAACAACGACUCACCGUAGGGAUGGUGCUGUGUGAGACUCAAAUCGCGCCAAAAAUCGUGCGGUAUAAGAAAUCGAAAAUGUUAAGUGUAGAAUUAAUAAUAAUUAAUGAUUAAACACCAAUCGAUGAGAUUUUCCUCGAAGAGUAAUUAUUUUAAUCAGUGAAAAAAGAAAUGGAAACUCGACUUAUUCGGAAAUUGUCUCUGGGGAUGUCAAGAAGUCCGGCUUCAAACUCGCUUCCAAUUAACGCAAAGAAAGUAUUUUAAUCCCUACGGUGUGUCGAUCGAUGAUUUGCCUUGCAGUGCACGAAAUGAAAAAGCCGUUGUGAAUUUUCGGGGUGCUUUUUUCAUUAAUUAAUUCCGCUAGAAAAAGAGAUUUUUCAGUUCAGAAUAAUAGGGUUUUUAUCUUUCCAUUGCUUUCGAAUUGAAGGUGUUUUGGAAUUCGAAAGAGCUCUCAACUGCAAACGUUCCUUAUGUUAGUUAAUAAUAAUUUGGACACGAAUUCCGUCGAAUUCAAAAGCGUUCCUAAUUUUACUCAUUCUUUAUUGAGCAGACUUUCAAAUAAUCCUGAAUUUAAUUGAAAACUAUCAAGAUGACGUGACUGCCGGAUAUUGAAAUCUGUUGUCAUGUUGAAAACUGAAUGUUCAUGUUUAAUUCUUUCACGAAAUGUUGCAUAAAAAAGGUCGCCUUGGGCCACGGUGGCUUUUUCGUGAUGUGCCCUCUGUAUAUGCUUAAUCUGCGACCUCUUGUAGAAAACACUGUACUUUCUUGUACUGCAAUAUAAUAAUAUAAAAUAUAACUUAUAUAGUGCAUAAAAUAACUGAACAACAAUUGGGGGUCACGUGCACUUGGCUGCGAAUAUUAACAUCAACAUUUGAAUAUGUCGCAGGUGUGUGUAUGGACGAUGAAUUAGUUCUGUAAAUGUAUAAUUAUAAUUACUAGAUUAAAAUCGUGUCGAAGUUGAACGCCCACUCUGAACGGCAAAAGGGAAAGAGAGAGAAAGAGAGGGGGAAUUUUGUUUUCCUCGAAAAAACUCAAUAUCCUGCGAAAGAGUUGAAAUAGAAUGCAGAACUUUUGAGAAAGAAUGGGUGCCUGAUAAAGGGUUAAGUUUUCCUGAUUUACGAUUUCUAGUAAUUGUAUGUAAUGAUGCAAUUUCUUUUUGACGACCUUUCGAGUUUUGUAUUACCCGAUUUUACGAUAGAUAUUAUGAAAUCGUAGCGAGUGCGUUGCCGUUUUGCUACUAGUAUUGUUAUGUUAAAGGAAUAUAGUUUCUCUUGCUUUGAUUCCGGUCGAUGAAACAAUGUUUGAAAUUCAUUUUUGUACCGUUUGCAGUCGUGGAAAAAUAAUCAACAGUAAGAAAAACGAA